CAGGGAGGGCCUGCCGGGGUGCGGCUGUUCGCCCCUCCUCGCCGCUGCCUGGAGGGACCCGAGGGCUGCGGGGGCUGUCCGUCUGGGGGUUCGGGCGGCUGCAGACCCCAGAGUUCCCAGCUGGCUCCCGGCAGCAGGGGGCGGGUCCCCGAGAAAGCGCAGCGCGCGGAGCCCUCCUUGCCGGGUCCAGGUCGCUGGGCUCUGCGGCCUGCGCUGCGCCCCGAGGGACCCGCAGGAGAACCCCCCGGGCCGCGGACGCGCUGGAGGCGGGGGCGCCGCAGCUCGCGCAGCUCUGCCCGGGUUCGGGCGGCCCCGCCCUGCCCCGCCCCGCCAGCCGCACGGCCCGGCGCCCCCCGCCCGCCCCCGCCCCCGCCCCCCGCCGGCCGCGCUCGGCUGUCUCCGCGCCCGGCGCUCGGCGGCACUCGGCUGUCUCCGGCCGCUCGCUCGGCGCUCGGGUCCGCGGCCGCUGCGGCGCCGGGCAUUUCUCCGCAGCUCGGCUCGCGGCCGCGCCCGCCGCCGCCCGGCCCGCGCCCAUGCAGGCCAUCAAGUGCGUGGUGGUCGGCGACGGCGCCGUGGGGAAGACAUGCUUGCUGAUCAGCUACACGACCAACGCCUUCCCCGGAGAGUACAUCCCCACCGUUUUUGACAACUACUCUGCCAACGUGAUGGUGGACGGGAAGCCAGUCAACCUGGGGCUGUGGGACACGGCGGGUCAGGAGGACUACGAUCGGCUGCGGCCACUCUCCUACCCUCAAACCGUAGGGCCCUGGGGAGCCCCUGACCACUCCACCAGGUCCCACCUUUUUCCCAAGGACGUCUUUCUGAUCUGCUUCUCCCUGGUGAGUCCGGCCUCCUUCGAGAACGUUCGUGCCAAGUGGUACCCAGAGGUGCGGCAUCACUGCCCCCACACGCCCAUCCUCCUGGUGGGCACCAAGCUGGACCUCCGCGACGACAAGGACACCAUUGAGCGGCUGCGGGACAAGAAGCUGGCACCCAUCACCUACCCACAGGGCCUGGCCAUGGCCCGGGAGAUCGGCUCUGUGAAAUACCUGGAGUGCUCAGCCCUGACCCAGCGGGGCCUGAAGACAGUGUUUGACGAGGCAAUCCGAGCGGUGCUCUGCCCGCCCCCAGUGAAGAAGCCAGGGAAGAAGUGCACCGUCUUCUAGAGCCCUGGCCCACCCGAGCCUGAGGGCUGGCGGGGAGCAGCCCUAGACGUGUCCGCUGUUGUGUUGAGACGUGUGGUGUCCCUGAGUCGGCUGUGGGGAGCAGUGGGGGUGGGCAGGGGGGAAGCAUGGGCAUGAGGCUGGGUGGCAGGAUCCUGUCCUCUCUGCCGCCUCAUUCUGGGGUGUGGCUCCAGCCUUCCCUGGCCCCCGCCGGAGGCCAGGAGGGAGCAGGGUCUCCCUCAGGGCUGCAGGAGCAGGUGCAGGGAAGCCCCAGGAUGGGCUUCCCUGGAGGGGGAGGGUGGGGGGGAGUUAUGUUCAUUGUGCCCCGAGGUGGGGCAGCCCCUUCUUAUUUUAUACAAUAAACAUUCUCCACCUAUA